CUUUGGCCUGGCCUGGUGCUGAUCCUCUUCCCGUCUACGCUGGCGGAUGACAAAGAGUCUUCGCUGCUACAGGACUGGCACGACGUGUGGCUGUUCCGCUUCUUCCUCAACAUGCUGGGCUACGCCACCAUCAUCAUACCUGGCUACUUUCUCAUUGGGUACUUCAAGAGGAUCAACUACCUCGAAACAGGUGUGGAUGAUCUACAGACUGGUGAUAAUACACACACUGCACGCAUAUACACUGGCACGCACACAAAUAGGCCUACAAUUUUUCUCCACAUGAAUUCUGAAUUCUAUCUGUUAUAACCCAGUGUAUCCUUCAAGUUGCAAUUCAGAGUUUCUCUAUGUUAACAUGAUCAUUGUGUUGGUUUUGAUGAGUCAGUGAAUGGUUGAUGUGUUCUGGACCUUAAAAUAUCUUCCUGACUGGUGUUUUCCUUCCUCCCAGGUCGUGGCAUUUGCUAUCCUGUCAUAAAGGCCUGUGUGUUUGGGAGUGAAUCGAAGACGGGUCUCCUGGACGACGUGUCCAUAGCUCAGAGAAAUGACGCUGACUCGGGCUCGUCGGCCAGACAAGCCUUCAAGUUAGUCUUCUGCGCUGCGGGACUUCAGGUAAAGCACUUUGUGACG